AUGAAUGCUACGUGGGACGGGACGCACACUUUUAAUCUUCCAAUCAUCAGCGAUGGCAUUUAUUAUGUGGCCAUGUUGGCACUCAAUGUGGUUCUGUUGAUACUCAACAUCGCCGGGGGGAUAACCAACGUUAUCAACAUGCUGGUCUUCAUAAGACAAGGCUUGACCUCAGACAGCAUCACUGUGUCAUUGUUUGCGAUGUCCGUCUCAGAUCUCCUGUCCAGUAUCUUCAUGUUUCCUUGGCUGGUCUGUUUCUUCAUGGGUUGUGUGAACCCCAGCUCGCAGAGGAAUAACUAUUGCAACGCUAUCACAUCUUUAGCCGCAAGUAUUUAUCACGUGAUUUUUACAAGGGUCACGUGUUUUAUCCAGACCUAUAUAAGUGUCGAGAGAGCGUUCUCUGUGGUGUUUCCACUUCGUGUUAAAAACGUGAUCAAAACGAGAAACACGGUCAUUAUCAAUCUGGUUCUGUGCCUAGUGAUAUUUGCAAUAUUUGCUCCGUACUUAGCAAACAUUCACGUCGUUUGGGGCUACAACAAAUUCAAUGUUUCAGUUGCUGCAUUUGUUGAAAACAGUGAAGGCAAAAUUGUACCUUCAGUAAUUAGCGGUUUUGUAAUCCCCAACGCUGCCAUUGUAGUGAAUAGCCUAGCUACAGUUGUCAUUGUAUACCGUCUUAGCGUUAUGCGAAAAUGGCGGGAAAAUGUCUCUGCAUCACAUUACGGAGCGCAAAACUUAAAAUCUCAAGGGAUAUCAUCCAAAAAUAUUGAAGCAUCCAAAACUGUAAUAGUCAUUACAUCGAUAUAUGUAAUCAAUUUGAUAUGUAAUCAGCUGCAUACCAUGUUCUACUUCACAUUCCCAGAAGUUUCUCAAGAAGGACUCAAUAAAAAUCUGUAUUUUGUCUUGUACAUUUUCCGAUUUAUCCUGGAAACUUUGCACUCGACCACAAAUGUCGUGUGCUACUUGAAAAUGAGCACAAAGUACAGACUUGUAUUUCACGCGAUUUUCAGCAGUCGUCAGAGUCUGAUACUAUAG